AUGACCAUCAUUACUAUCCUCGGUUCUGUUCCAGCUCAGAGCCAACUGGUCGGUGUUGAUCCACCAGGAGUUAAUCCACCAGGAGUUAAUCCACCAGGAGUUGAUCCACCAAAAGUUGAUCCACCAAAAGUUGAUGCACCAAAAGUUGAUGCACCAGGAGUUAAUCCACCAGGAGUUGAUCCACCAAAAGUUGAUGCACCAAAAGUUGAUCCACCAAAAGUUGAUGCACCAAAAGUUGAUGCACCAAAAGUUGAUGCACCAAAAGUUGAUGCACCAAAAGUUGAUCCACCAAAAGUUGAUCCACCAAAAGUUGAUCCACCAAAAGAUGAUCCACCAAAAGUUGAUGCACCAAAAGUUGAUGCACCAGGAAUUUAUCCACCAGGAGUUGAUCCACCAGGAGUUGAUCCACCAGGAGAGAAUCCACCAGGAGGUAAUCAACCAUCACCAAUUUCUAAAUAG